CGUCAGUGCGGGAGGGUGUGCGACCGAAGCUCCUGUGACCGCAUGACAGAGCGCACUUGUUGCUCAACGAUAGAUAGAAAAUCAUUAUUAUUCACUGCCGGAACUGCGUUUUUAUUUGAAACAGUGAAAACUUAACAAGUUAUUGCUGAAAUCUCAGUACAAAUAACAUACUGAAAAAAUUAACUUAUAUGUGAUAUAAUAAAAUUCAUUUGAUUUGUCAUUUUCGUGCCUGUGAACAUCGCUCAAAAAUCACAGUUUUUAAAAACUGUCCCAAAAACGAGGAUUUGUUUGCAGAAGAAAUAGUGUUGAUUUUGCUGUAUUAAACUGCAAUAUUCCCUUUACCAUCACGUGACGCUAUAUACUUUACGCCAUACGAAGAAAUGAUUAAUUAAUGAUUUAAAUAACAGUGCGGAGAAAAGGAUUACCUUUACUUAUAUAUCGUAGAUACAGCAAAAAUAUAUGUAGAGAAUAAAUGGAAAAUAUACAACUGAACAAGAUUUAAUUGUUACGUUCAGCUAUCAAGGAAAUUCAGACUUAACCAUUCAUUAGAACGUUUUUUUUUCAAGAAAAACAUAUGAGCACCUAAACUGAUAGUGAAAGAGCCGUUUCUUAGCAAUUUGUGAACUGUUGAAACAAUUUAGAUAGAAUUUAAAGUGUUGAGUAGUUAACCGUUAUUUUAACGGGGUGUUUUCAAUUUUUAUUUGAAAUUGAAGUUCGUAGAAGGACUCUUCAAGUGACAUUACCUGCACUUGCCACGCUUGCCACGCAUGCCACAAGUCUGGAUAAUGGAAUAGCUGUGCGGGACAUGGCACCAGUGCCAUCGUACUGAGUCAUGUACAGGGGGAUGGACAGUGAGGACAGUGAAGCCAGGGAGGACAGCGCGAGCGAGGACAGCCACCCGUCGACAGACGCUUCGGAGGACAGUGUGGAGGUUAGGGUCGGCGGGGUCCUAGGCCCCCCACCCUCAACCUGCCCCCAAAAUUACUCCCCAGGGAGGUCCUGUUCCCCACAGGGUUGCCUCUCACCUACGAGAGCUUUGUCCCCUCUCCUGAUAAGCCUGAGUAAAGGUUGCCCGACGUCUCGACUUCCACCCAAGCUCCGCAAGUGCUACAACACUCUGGCCUCUAACACCCUCACCCAGGCGCUCAACUCCAACCCUGCGCACCCUACCGCCCUCGCCUUCGCUGCCUCGUACGACAGAAUACAAAGCCCGGCUCCGAAGAAGCUAGGAUACGGCAGCGUACAUGAUGAGGUGCAUACCAAUUCCCGCAGACGCAAGACUACCGAGCCCCGAAGACUGUAUUCAGAUCAGUCCAAAAAGAGACCCCACUCACCUAAUCCGGACUAUCAGGCCAAGUCUCCGAAAUUGUCCAGCGAUGAGGAAAUUAGACCUGUUAAGCAGCCUAAGUUGUCAACACCGUAUCCAUCUCCACCCUUGGUGCGUGUUGAUCCACCGUCUCCUCGUUCGUCGUUAUCAACUUCGUCUAUCGGAGCCCCGCCGCUGAUUCAUCAUUCCUUGCUCUCUCCCCUCGCACGGACGCCGACGAUCUCUCCCUCACUCACUCCAGGUCUGUCGCCUCACCUCCUUCCCCCAGGAUGGCCUUCGGUGUCCGCUUCUUAUCAACACUACACGCGGUUAUUGGGCAGCGUCUUGCCGAACCCUCUGGCCCUUCUGCCGGGUGGCAUACACCUGCCGCCGUACCCCAUGGUUCCCCUGCUACACCACCUGCCCAAAACGCCUCCUGUCCAAUCACCGUCGCCGCAGUCACCGCCCAAAACAAGUUCUCCCUCACCCACUCCCACCAUGCGAUCAUCCUUGCAGGAAUCUAGUCGAAAUCAAAUCAAUGAGGCGAUUCAAUGUAGGAGUCGUGAGCCGCUCCAAGACGAGCCGGUAUCUCUGGUCAAGCGAGAAACCUCAGCUGCCAAGCCCUUAUUCAGCGUAGCUUCGUUAGUUGAAACGCCAAUCAAUGUUAGAAAAUCUCCUUUAAAGCCGCCAACAGCUCCUUUGCCACCAUCAAAAACAACUCCUUCGACCUCUCAGCGCAAAGUUCCAGCUGUCUUAAGUCUGCCCCAGUCCUCUCCAAAUUUAAAAUUAAAAUCAGAGGCAACGCCCUCGUAUUCUUCGGAUGAUGCAAGUCAUCAGCCUUUGGGCUCCACGAACAGAUUAGCGGCCGUUAGCAGCUCGUCCUGUUCACCGUCGGGCGGCGUGAAACUUACGAACUCCCAAGCCCAUCACCUGCAGCAGCAGCAACACUUACUCAGACAAAAGCAACGGAAUUACAAGAACAUGACCAGGGAAAGGCGGAUCGAAGCGAAUGCGAGGGAACGCACGCGUGUUCACACAAUCAGUUCGGCGUAUGAGAAGUUACGACAGUCCGUGCCUUCCUACAGCCAUAACCAAAAACUCUCUAAGUUAUCUAUCUUGAGAAUAGCUUCUUCGUACAUAUUAACUUUGUCUAAACUGGCUGAUAAUUCCAGUGAACAGACGGUGGCUGAUUGUGUUGAAGAGACUACAAAGACCAUACAAUUCGAGGGCAGAGCUAAGAAAAAACGUGAUGACUGAAUUAUUAUGUUUUUUAUUUCAUAUAGAUAUUUAAUACUCUAUUUCUACUGCAAUAUAAAUAAUGCUGCCACGCAGCGGUGUGAUAUACAGAUGCUGAAGAGCUUCCUAUCAUUGCAAUAACCUGUCCCAUGUGCCUUAUGAAAUAAUAGCCUUAAAUUUAGAGAAAAUAAAUAGAAUAUAGACGCGUGCUGUCAGGUUUUAGAUUGGAAAAUUCACCGUGGAAGCUAAUCUCAUGCGUGGAUUAUUAUUAGUUUAUUGCACGUAGAUAAGCUCCACAAAAGCUCAUUUCUUUUGUUUGAAGUUUUGUUGUUAAUUUUGACUUCUUUUGACUGUGAUGCUAGUUUUAGCUAUUGUUGAAUAUAUAGUAUAAGAAUAUUUUCCGUAAUAUAUUGUUUUGUACCUUUUGGUGCUAUUGUAUAGCCUUUAUAUACUUAAAACUUUGGGGGUUCGGCUAGUUCACAUCUUACAAUAAGUCCAUAGAUUCAAUUUUAUUAACAGAGAGCAAUUGUUGCAAUUUCAGUGGGGUUUGAUAUCGGGACUUCCUUGUACUGAUUACAUGUUUUGAUGAUAAUAGUGAUUAAAGUAAGAAUCAUUCAGUUAAAUAUCGUAAAUUUUUAACUUGAAGUAGAUUAGAAAACUGCUACCACCUGCUGUCUCUUUAUUUAGAGUGAAAUUUUGAUUGUUAUUUUUAAACCCGAAAUUGUGAAAAUAUUUAUUUGUUAUCCGUUAUAUUACGAGUGACUCAAUUAGUUCUGAAAAAUAACUUUUUGUUUAGGUGAAGAAUGCUGGCAAAAUCAAUACACCAGAAAUUUAGAAAUGUUUUUUUACCGAACUUAAGCAAAGUUACAGCAUUAAUAGAUACAAUUUUAAAAUAUUUCAAAAUAUUUCAAUUUCAAAUUAAAUUUUUCGUUCGUUAAAAAAAUGCGGUUUCGCGUGUGACGCGAUCUUUCAUCGCUUAGCAAAAUAAAAGUUGCCAUCAAACCAGAGUGUUUCGUAAAAUAUUGUGAGUAUAUUUUUGAAAGGUAGACCGCGAUUAAUUCUUCAAAUUUCAUUUGAAAAAAUCAAUAAAUCACUGGGAAUAAUUACA